UUUCUUUCACUUUCCACCUCCCUGCAUUAAAGAGGUUGAAGAUUUCCCUGGACCAUCCAUGUAUCAUGUGGACUGGAGGCUGCAGGAGAAUUCCGGUUUUGGUAUUCCAUGCUGAGGCUAUUCUGACAAAGGACAACAAUAUUCGAGUAAUUGGAGAACGUUAUCAUUUGUCUUACAAGAUUGUGCGAACAGACAGUCGCCUGGUACGCAGCAUUCUGACAGCCCAUGGAUUUCAUGAAGUUCACCCAAGCAGCACUGACUAUAACCUAAUGUGGACAGGAUCCCACCUGAAGCCCUUCUUGCUUCGCACCCUCUCUGAAGCACAGAAGGUUAAUCACUUUCCCAGGUCAUAUGAACUAACCCGGAAGGACCGAUUGUACAAAAACAUCAUUCGAAUGCAGCAUACGCAUGGCUUCAAGGCUUUCCACAUCCUCCCUCAGACCUUCCUGCUGCCGGCUGAGUAUGCGGAAUUCUGCAAUUCAUAUUCAAAGGACCGGGGACCUUGGAUAGUAAAACCUGUGGCCUCUUCUAGGGGGCGGGGCGUCUACCUGAUCAACAACCCAAACCAGAUUUCCCUGGAAGAGAACAUCCUGGUCUCCCGCUACAUCAACAACCCCCUGCUCAUAGAUGAUUUCAAGUUUGAUGUGCGCCUCUAUGUGCUGGUGACUUCCUAUGAUCCCCUUGUCAUCUACCUCUAUGAAGAAGGAUUGGCUAGAUUUGCAACUGUGCGAUACGAUCAAGGAGCCAAGAACAUUCGGAACCAGUUCAUGCACCUGACAAACUACAGUGUGAAUAAGAAGAGUGGAGACUAUGUCAGUUGUGAUGAUCCAGAAGUGGAGGAUUAUGGGAACAAAUGGAGCAUGAGUGCUAUGCUGAGGUAUCUGAAACAAGAAGGCAGAGAUACAACUGCGUUGAUGGCCCACGUAGAAGACCUGAUCAUUAAGACCAUAAUCUCUGCUGAACUAGCUAUCGCUACAGCCUGUAAAACCUUUGUACCUCAUCGCAGCAGUUGUUUUGAACUCUAUGGCUUUGAUGUGCUCAUAGAUUCUUCUCUGAAGCCAUGGUUGUUGGAGGUGAAUCUCUCUCCUUCUUUGGCCUGUGAUGCGCCUCUGGACCUGAAGAUUAAAGCCAGUAUGAUUUCAGAUAUGUUCACUGUUGUAGGAUUUGUGUGCCAAGAUCCUGCCCAGCGGGCAUCAACCCGGCCACUUUAUCCCACCUUUGAGUCUUCCAGGCGAAACCCUUUCCAGAAACCUCAGCGUCCAGUAUCUGCACAGUUUCAAUCAUCAGACACCAAACAGCGUUCCCGUCCACUCUCUGCCAGUGAUGCGGAAAUGAAAAACCUUGUGGGUUCAGCCCGGGAGAAGGUGCCGGGGAAGUUAGGUGGUUCUGUGCUUGGUCUAUCAAUGGAGGAGAUCAGAGUUUUACGAAGAGUGAAGGAAGAGAACGAUCGGAGAGGUGGAUUUAUUCGCAUAUUCCCUACAUCAGAGACAUGGGAAAUAUAUGGGUCCUACCUCGAACACAAGACCUCCAUGAACUAUAUGCUGGCAACACGGCUCUUCCAGGACAGGGGAAACCCAAGAAGAAGCUUAUUGACAGCAAGAACACGAAUGGCUGCUGAUGGAGCACCAGAAUUGAAAGUCGAGAGUAUGAAUUCAAAGGCAAAGCUGCAUGCUGCUCUUUAUGAGAGGAAGCUCCUGUCUUUGGAGGUGCGAAAACGUAGACGUCGGAGUGGCAGAUUGAGGGCAAUGAGGCCAAAAUACCCAGUGAUUACUCAUCCAGCUGAAAUGAAUGUUAAAGCUGAGACAGAGAGUGAAGAGGAGGAAGAAGUUGCUUUAGACAAUGAAGAUGAAGAACAGGAAGCUUCCCAGGAGGAGUCUGCAGGGUCCCUUGGAGAAAAUCAAGCCAAAUACACACCCUCAUUGACCGUUAUGGUAGAACAUUCACCCAAAGAAAAUGCCGUGAAAGUUCCUGAAUGGAAUAAUAAAGGUGAACAGUGCUGCAAAAUUGAGACUCAGGAGUCAGAGCCUAAAUUCAACCUGAUGCAGAUUCUGCAAGAUAAUGGCAAUCUUAGCAAAGUACAGGCCCGAAUAGCAUUCUCUGCCUAUCUCCAGCAUGUUCAAAUUCGCCUGAUGAAAGACAGUGGAGGUCAGACGUUCAGUGCCAGUUGGGCUGCCAAAGAGGAUGAACAGAUGGAGCUGGUGGUUCGUUUCCUCAAGCGAGCAUCAAGUAACCUCCAGCACUCACUGAGGAUGGUAUUACCCAGUCGACGAUUGGCACUUCUAGAACGCAGAAGAAUCCUGGCCCACCAACUGGGUGACUUUAUCAUUGUGUACAACAAGGAAACAGAACAAAUGGCUGAAAAGAAAUCGAAGAAAAAACUUGAGGAAGAAGAGGAAGAUGGGGUGAAUACGGAAAACUUUCAAGAGUUCAUCAAACAAGCAAGUGAGGCUGAACUGGAGGAGGUGUUGACUUUUUAUACCCAAAAAAACAAGUCUGCAAGUGUCUUCCUGGGGACUCACUCAAAAAGCUCUAAAAACAGCAACAGCUAUUCUGAUAGCGGGGCAAAGGGUGAUCACCCUGAGACAACAGAAGAAGUGAAAAUAAAGCAACCCAAACAGCAACAGGCAACAGAAAUUCACUCUGAUAAAUUAUCUCGAUUUACCACUUCAGCAGAAAAAGAGACUAAAUUAGUCUAUACCAAUUCUUCCUCUGCUGCUUUCUCUGGUCCUACUGCUACUCUUCUGCAGAAAAUUCCCAACACCCAUUUUUCAUCUGUUGUUACAACCUCUGACCUCUCAGCAGGGCCUGGCCACCAUUCUUCUUUAUCUCAGAUCCCUCCAGCUAUCCCCAGCAUGCCUCACCAGCCAACAAUUUUACUGAGCACCGUCCCUGACAGUGCUUCUCCCUCUAUACGUCCUGGAACACAGAGCAUACCAAGCCCUGCUGGCCUGCCACGCUGUCGAUCAGGCAGUUACACCAUUGGUCCCUUUUCCUCUUUCCAAAGUGCUGCACACAUCUAUAGCCAGAAACUGUCUCGUCCCUCUUCAGCAAAGGCAGCAGGUUCAUGCCAUCCAAACAAGCAGCAUUCAGGAGUAGCCAAAACACAAAAGGAGGGAGAAGAUGGUUCUUCGCACAGCAAACGAUACAACCAAAGCAUGGUGACGGCCGAACUUCAGCGGCUGGCUGAGAAGCAGGCAGCAAGGCAGUAUUCGCCGUCCACGCACAUCAGUCUCCUCACCCAGCAGGUAACAAACCUGAAUUUGGCAAGUGGCAUCAUAAACAGAAGCAGUGCUUCAACUCCCCCCACCCUUCGGCCUGUCCUCAGUCCUGCUGGCCCGACAUGGUCAAUACAGUCAGACUCCCAAGCUCCUGAGAGCCACUCCACCCCUCCUGGAAGCAGGAGCCUCCAAACAGGUGGCUUUGCCUGGGAGGGAGAGGUAGAGAACAACGCGUAUAGCAAGGCUACAGGGGUGGUCCCCCAGCACAAGUAUCACCCCGCAGCAGGCAGCUACCAGCUCCAUUUUGCCCUGCAGCAGCUUGAACAACAAAAACUUCAGUCCCGGCAGCUUCUGGACCAGAGUCGAGCCAGGCACCAGGCCAUCUUUGGGAGCCAGACACUACCUAACUGCAAUUUAUGGACAAUGAGCAAUGGUGCAGCUUGCAGAAUUUCAAGUGCCACAGCUAGUGGCCAGAAGCCAACCACUCUGCCACAAAAAGUGGUGCCACCUCCAAGUUCUUCCUCCUCCCUGGUCCCCAAACCUCCAUCCAAUCACAAACAAGUUCUCCGAAAGGCAACAUCCCAGAGGGCUCCCAAGGGCUCCUCCACAGAAGGGCAGCUGAACGGCCUCCAGAGCAGCCUUCACGCUGCAGCCUUUGUGCCCAUCACCAGCUCCACAGAUCCUGCUCACACUAAAAGAUGAGCCACGAGCUCGGAGGAAGAACCUGUGCACUGCUCCCACUCCUCCUGGGUGUGUGACCGCGGGGGGAGUGUCCACCAGCGCAGCAGGGGGGCCAUGGUAUUUUUUUGCUGCCUCAGUCCCCAGAGCCUUCGAGCAGAAGUGGCAGUACGCUGUUGCCAGUAGCCAAUCCAGACUUUUACUGAGACGACAGGAAAACACAUCAGCUGGGUUGUGAUGGAUCUUGGCAGUGGGGACAUUCAACUGAUGCAUUAUAUACCCCGUCAGAGCACACGUGUAUCUUUUACCCCUUUUACCCCCUCCCCCAACCUGCUUAGGUCUUCUCUGUCCCUCUCCUGCUACCACACAGAGAUGAUAUAAAAGAGGCUCUUUGGCUAUUUGCAUUUUGCUUCCUCUUCUUUUCCAGAUUGCAGUAUUAAGCUUUGCUUCCUACAAACCUAAAAUCCCAACGUUAUCUACCAGAGUUGUUCUUCCACUUUCAGGGUUUGGGGGGAAGGGGAGCUCACAUCACGAGUUUCCCGGAGAGUGGAGAAAAUGUGCUGCUGCCCACAUGAGCCACGGUAAAGACACCCUUUGGAAUUACUGAUUUCUAAAAUUAAUAAAGUAAUUCUAUUUUUA